AUGGGCUGGCCCAGAUCGUUGGCUAGACUAGAGGCCUGCCAACAACUUGGCAUUCAAGAGGAGAGGAAACGCCUCUCCGCCCUGUCAAGCAUGAGCGAGCCGAGCGCCAUGGAUAUCGACGAACCCUCCUCCUCGUCCCCCUCUCACCCCUCUCCUCCUCAGCCACAGCCCCAGGCAGCCUUCUCCGUCCCUAUCACCAACGGCACGAAGGACAUCAAUGGCGAUAACUCAACCCCUCCCGCCCCGCCUCCUCACCGAUCCAAUCCCUCCAGCCCCGUGCCAACUCCCACUGAGGAAGCCGAGGCGUACAAAGCCGCUGGCAACAAGUACUUCAAGGAGAAGAAUUAUGUUGAUGCCAUUCGACAGUACGACAAGGCUGUUGAGCUCGUCCCGAACUCCGCCACCUAUCUAAGCAACAGGGCGGCUGCGUUCAUGUCCAACGCACAGUAUGAUGCUGCACUGAAGGACUGCAGCCGUGCGGCUGACCUUGAUCCUCAGAAUGCAAAGAUUCUGAUGCGUCUCGCCCGUAUCUUUGUAUCCUUGGGUCUUCCGGAGGAUGCCCUUGUGACCUUUAAUAGGAUCCACCCGUCGCCCGCAGUCAAGGAUGUUGCCGCAGCUAAGGAGAUGUUGCACCACGUUCGAGCUGCCCAGGAGGCCCUCCGCGUGGAGUCGAAGGGAUCUAUGGUGCUGCACGGACUCAACCAGGCAGAGCGUUUGCUCGGCCCUGGUGCACCCAAACCUCGAAAAUGGCAGUUGAUGCGUGGGGAGGCGUACAUGAAGAUGGGCGACGCCACGUCUCUCGCCGAAGCUCAGAACAUCGCCAUGUCUCUGCUACGAUUCAACAGCCAGGAUCCCGAGGCCCUUGUGCUUCGUGGCAGGAUCCUCUACACCUCAGGCGAAAACGACAAGGCGCUUAGCUACUUCAGGAAAGCCCUCACUUGUGAUCCAGAGUUCCGGGAUGCCAUUAAAUAUCUGCGGAUCGUCCAAAAGCUAGACCGCAUGAAGGAGGAGGGCAACAGGGAGUACAAGGCUGCGCGUUGGGCAGAGGCCAUCCGUCUUUACACUGAAGCGUUGACCAUCGAUCCUGGCAACAAGGGCACCAACUCUAAACUUCUGCAAAACCGGGCGAUGUGCCGGAUCAAGCUCAAGGAGUACGAACAGGCCAUUGCCGACUGCGAGUCAGCCAUCAAAUUAGAUUCAAGAUACGUCAAAGCGCAUAAAACGCUCGCCAAUGCACUUGGCCUCGCGGGCCAGUGGGAGGAUUCGGUAAGGGAAUGGAAGGCGGUUCACGACCUCGACCCUGAGGAUAGGUCUGUCCAAAAGGAGAUUCGAAACGCCGAACUCGAACUCAAGAAGAGCCAACGCAAAGAUUACUACAAGAUCCUAGGCGUUGAAAAGGAUGCCGACGACGGCGCCAUCAAGAAGGCAUACCGAAAGCUUGCCAUCGUUCACCACCCAGACAAGAACCAAGGCGAUAAGGAGGCUGAGGAGAGGUUCAAGGACAUCUCGGAAGCCUACGAUACCCUUAGCAACCCUCAGAAACGUGCGCAAUACGACAACGGCGACGACCUUGUAGACAUGUCGGACAUGUUUGGCGGAGGUGGCGGCAUGGGCAAUGUCGACCCCGAGAUUCUUUUCAGCAUGAUGGGCGGUGUGUCCGAGUACGAGGGUGAAGAAGGUGAAACCGAGAGAGAGGACGAAGAUGGGGGCACUGGCGAGGACGACGAGCAGGACGACCAUGCACACGCAGGCCAACAAUCGCCAAGGGGUCAUCAGUUUAUGAGGAGCAAACUAGACGAGCACAUUCGAAGCCAGCAAGACGAGAGAGAUGCCCUGGUCGACAACCUUCGGCAUUACGGUCUAUGGCUCGUCGGUGCGUUCGUCCUCCUUCCGCCUCACCUCGCCAUCCUGGUAGCAUUGGCCGGUGCAACUCUGUAUAUCUGCAUCCAAGGCCCCAACAGCCUUGGCAUUAGACGAUGA